UCCGGCAGAAAAGCGUGGGUAUUCCGGGACACUUACGUUACAUCGGACCGUAGACGGAGCAGAAUUGAGCAGGGAGCGCGCACAGUUGAAGACUUUAUAAUAGAUGAACUAGUGAACGGAUAAAUUAUCGUAAUUUCACGCUGUACAGUUUUAAUAGGUACCAAGUACAACCGGAAUAAGUGAACGACACAGACAUGUGUAACCUUGUAGGAAGACACUGGGAGGAUCUGGGUUGGUAGUUCUGUAUGCUGUCGUAACACUUAAAUUGGAUUCUAUUGCAUCUGUAAGAAAGUUUGAGCUGUGGUGCAGCCGGGCAGUUCCAAGAUGGCAUCCAGUCUUACCUGUGCAGGUGUGGUUUGGGCUAUGUUUUCCUUCCUCUGUGCGGCAGCUUCUUGCGUGGGCUUUUUCAUGCCGUACUGGCUCCUUGGGUCGCAGAUGGGCAAGCCAGUGUCCUUUGGAACAUUCCGGCGUUGUUCGUACCCAGUACGGGAUGAAGCCGGUGGUGGGACGGUGAUGUUGGAGCAGUGUGGACGUUAUGCCUCCUUCCAGGGCAUUCCGAGUUUGGAAUGGAGGAUCUGCACCGUGGUGACGGGUACGGGUUGCGGGCUUCUGCUUCUGGUGGCCCUCACGGCGCUGAUGGGAUGUUGCAUCACAGAUCUGAUCUCUCGCACUAUCGGACGGGUGGCUGGAGGGAUACAGUUUGUGGGGGGUUUGCUGAUCGGGUCUGGAUGUGCCUUGUACCCUUUAGGCUGGGACAGCGAGGAGGUCAAGCAAACGUGCAGCAACAGUUCCGACCAGUUUGAUCUUGGCUCUUGUGAGAUCGGAUGGGCGUAUUACUGCACGGGGGCGGGGGCUGUGGUUGCCAUGCUGCUGUGCACGUGGAUGGCGUGCUUCGCUGGGAAGAAACAGAAACAUUACCCUUAUUAAAUGCUACAAAUAUAUGCAUGAUGUGACUUUCACUCUCAAAUCGAGAGAGCUUCAGUGGACUUUGCAAACGUUCUCGCAUACAAGAAGACUAUGUGUGACCGAACUUUGACCUUUCCACAGCAGGAAUCAAUUAAAAUGUGUCCUGUGACUGACCUUUGACCUUGCAAUGGGAUCCUUUUGCAUCCCAAGCGUGUGCCAGUUCAAUUAAAAAGGAAUAUGUUACAAAUGACGUGACCUAAUGGGUUUUGAAAGAUUAAAGCGUAUUUAACGGACCAACUGUUUUACUUUGCAUUUAUCUGUUUUUUAUGUGUAAGUACAGUUCCUGGUGGCUUCAGUUGUUGGUACGGUGUGUUUUUUGUGUGUGUGUGUGUGUGUGUGUGUGUGUGUGUGUAUUAUAAUAAUCUAUUAUAUAUUAUGUAUUCAUGUUCUGUUGCUGGGCUGUUAUUGCCUUAAAUAUUUCCACUGCAAUAAUAUUAAUCGUAAGUGGACUGUGCAUUUGUAUUUUGUUUGCCAAUAUAUUGUGUCUAAUAUAGUCUGUCGUUUGGUAUUGUAAAAUAUAAACAUUUUACAUAACAGAUGCAUAAUUUCCCUUCACUUUUCCCUUAUAAUUGUCCAUUACAGUAUAUUUCACCACAUUUGGAAAUAAAUAUUGUGGUUUGAAAAAUCGCAGUUGCAUAAAUGAAGACUGUAUUAAAAAACAAAAAAACAUUUAUUUUAAA